GUUUUGGGCUCGCACAUUUCUUCCUGCUCUUUAUAAGGCUGAAGAAGCUGCGGAGGCGUAGUCCGUUCUAGGUCGAAGACAGGGGCGAGAGGUUUCGAAGAAACAGCAAUCAUGGCUCGAGGUUUGAAAAAGCAUUUGAAGAGGCUCAAUGCACCAAAGCAUUGGAUGUUAGACAAACUUGGUGGUGCAUUUGCUCCAAAGCCAUCAUCAGGGCCCCACAAAGCCAGGGAAUGCUUGCCUCUGAUUCUUAUCUUGAGAAACCGCCUGAAAUAUGCCCUCACAUACCGUGAGGUCAUUGCUAUACUGAUGCAGCGACAAGUUCUUGUUGAUGGGAAGGUUAGGACUGAUAAGACGUACCCCAGUGGGUUUAUGGAUGUAGUGUCAAUUCCUAAAACAAACGAGGAUUUCCGUCUCCUUUAUGAUACCAAGGGUCGUUUCCGUCUGCACUCAAUCAAAGAUGAAGAGGCCAAGUUUAAGCUCUGCAAGGUCCGGUCUGUGCAAUUUGGGCAGAAGGGUAUCCCAUACCUCAACACCUAUGAUGGACGCACAAUCCGUUAUCCCGACCCACUCAUUAAGGCCAAUGAUACCAUCAAGCUCGACCUUGAGAGUAACAAGAUCGUUGACUUCAUCAAGUUUGAUGUGGGAAACGUGGUCAUGGUUACUGGAGGUAGGAACAGGGGUCGUGUAGGGAUUAUCAAGAACAGGGAGAAGCAUAAGGGUAGCUUUGAGACCAUCCACAUUCAGGAUUCCACUGGCCACGAGUUUGCCACUCGUUUGGGCAAUGUCUUCACAAUUGGCAAAGGUUCCAAGUCUUGGAUAUCUCUGCCUAAGGGCAAGGGUAUUAAGUUGUCAAUCAUUGAAGAGGCCAGGAAGAGGCUUGCAGCCCAAGCAGCUACCACUGCUUAAAGCUUUAUGAUAACAGUUUUAGUGGUAUAGCUGGUUUUGUUAGUUUGAAUCUGCUGUUUAGCUCUGAUGAUCUAUCUAUCGGACUUAAGAAUUUAAAUUUUGUUGGUCUUUUGGUAGUUUGGACAAAGUUUUGUACUCAGCAAUCCAGAUUUAAAAUUUCUGUUGUGGAUUGAUGGAGAG